AUGCCCUUACCGCACGACAUACAAGAAAAAUGGCGUAGUUUAAUUACAGACUUGAAUUCAGUGACAACCACUACGUUUCCUAGAUACUACUACACCUGUAUUCACAUAUUCUGCGACGCUAGUUUGUUAUCUUAUGGUGCUACGGCAUACGUCUGCAGAGACAACCAGUCUACAUUGAUGAUGGCUAAGACGCGUGUUGCUCCGUUGAAAAAGUUAACGUUACCGAGGUUAGAGCUGAUGGCUGCAGUGAUUAGUUCCAGACUAUGUAAGCACCUGAAGCAGAACACCAGCAUACCACAGAUACACCUUUGGUCAGACAGUCAGAUUGUGUUGUACUGGCUCCAGACAUCCAAAACACUCCAGCGAAUCGUUAGGAAUCGUGUGACUGAAAUCCACGAGCUGACCGAAAACCGGAAAUCUAGGUAUUGCCCGACGAAGGACAAUCCCGCAGAUUUACUCACCAGAGGAAUUUCGACAUCGCACUUCAAAAUCAGUAAUCUAUGGUUCCACGAAUCUAAAUGGCUCACUACACCUGACAGUUGGCCAGUUUGGCAAGAAAGAGAUACUUAUGUUACUAUGGCAACGAUUACAGAUCCAGUACCUAUUAGCAAAUCAGAAGAUACAGCUUUACAAGUGAACAACAGCAGUUUUGUUACAGCUUAUGUACUGCGUUUCAUAGAUAACUGUCGGGGUGAGAGGUCCACUGGAAGUCAACAAACUUUAACUACAGAGGAACUUCACAGGGCAGAGAAGGUGUGCAUACGAAGCUGCCAGAUGUCUAAAUAUCGAGCAGAAGUGAAAGAUAUACAGACCAAGAGAUACAAACUCCCACUAUCUAGACAGCUUAAAUUAUUUCUCAAGAAUGGACUUUUGAAGUACCGUGUCCACAAUGCACCACUAGACGAAAUGACCAAGUACCCGUACCUGUUGCCUGCUAAACAUCCAUUCACCAACUUGGUUAUCAAGGACGCACACUCAAGAUUACUACAUGCCGGCGUUAGUUCAACUAUCACGUUCUUAAGACAGAAGUACUGGAUUCCGUCUAUCGGUCAAAAUGUGAAGGUCAUACUACGUAAAUGUACCUGUUGUAAGAAGAUUGUUGGUAAACCAUACUCAGCACCUGAUCCACCUCCACUACCAAAGAGCAGAGUUUCUGACGUCAAGCCGUUUACCUACACAGGAGUAGAUUUCACUGGGGCAUUACUGGUUCGAGAUAACAACAGAAACGACGUUAAGGCAUACCUAUGCUUGUUUACGUGCGCUACUACGAGAGCAGUUCAUCUAGAACUAGUUCCAGAUCUAUCAGCAGAGUCAUUCCUACAAGCAUUCCGACGUUUUUGUAGCAGAAAAUCUGUUCCUCACGUUAUGAUGUCAGACAACGCCGACACCUUCUUAUCAGCAUCCAGACAGUUACAGGAUUUGGUGCAGUCUAUCACAGUCAGAGAAGAACUCAACGACAGAGGAAUUGAGUGGAAGAUGAUACCAAAACGCGCACCUUGGUUCGGUGGAAUGUGGGAACGUCUUAUAGGUCUGACGAAAACAACGAUAAGAAAGUGUUGGGACGGUCCUAUGUCACCUACCAAACGUUACAAACUGUGA